AGAACGUCUCGUACUGUGAUUUUCUUGUCCACGCGGAUGUACGAGAAUCGAGGUCCCAUGUCUAGUGAAGUGACUUCACCUGCUGGACCACUUUGAUCUGGACCGCGGCUGUCACAUUGAUCCCUCCGCAUCUAUACCAUGACCAAGAACAAAAUGACUCCUCGGCCAAUUGCCAAUCCCGACUUGCCUCAGCCGCCUCCAGGCAAGUAUCCGGCAAAGGCUCAUGCGAGACGAGUCGCCAAGUACGUCGCCGACCAUGGAGGGCCUAGCAGUGGGGUCAUAUAUCUCGAGGGACAGAGCACGAAGAUGAAAGAGGACGACGAUGGAGAAGCUCCUUUCCGACAACGCCGACACUUCUACUACCUCACCGGAUGCGACCUUCCCGACUGCUCGUAUGCGUAUCACAUUGCCACGGAUACCGCCACCUUGUGGAUUCCUCCCGUCGACCCCGAGUCUGUCAUGUGGGCCGGCAUGCCUCUGCUGCCCAAGCAGGCGAUGGAUCGAUACGAUGUCGACCGCGUGCUGACCACGGAUGAUCUCCAGUCCGGAAAGUCUCUGGCAGAGAUGUUAUCGAAACAAGAAACCAUUCUGGCAAUCAAAGAUCGCGCAGAUCUGAGUGUCUUCGACACUGCGCCUCUGAAGGACGUGCAGGUCCAAGUCAAUCUCGAUCAUCUGCGUGAAGCCAUCGAGGAGUGCAGAGUGGUGAAAGACGAGCAUGAAAUCGCCAUGCUCCGGCAUGCCAACAUCAUCUCUUCCUAUGCUCAUGAACAAGUGCUCGCGUCCGUUCCUCGUGCUUCCAACGAGCGUGAGCUGAACGCUCUUUUCGUCAUGCACUGUCAUGCCAACGGCUGCAAGGAGAUGGCAUACGGCUGUAUCUGUGCUUCUGGAAAGGCAGGAAGCACACUACAUUACACCCACAACGACCAGCCGCUCGAGGGCAAGGACAACAUUCUCCUCGAUGCAGGCGCAGAGUACAAUUGCUACUGCGCCGACAUUACCCGGACAUUCCCCAUCACCAAGGAUGGCAAGUUUACCAAAGAGAGCAAAGAGAUUUACGAACUCGUUCUACUCAUGCAGAGUGAAGCAUUCAAGCUCAUGCGCCCGGGAACCAUGUGGGAGGAGUGUCACAUGAAAGCCCACACGACUGGAGCAAUAGGCUUACAGAAGCUCGGAAUCCUCCACCAAAGCCUCACAUUGGAGCAGAUCAUGGAGUCUCAAAUUAUGACUCGUUUCUUUCCGCACGGUCUGGGGCAUUACCUCGGCAUGGACACUCACGACACGGGUGGCCACGCCAACUACGAGGACCCGAAUCCCUACUUUGUGUAUCUGAGGAAACGCGGACCGCUGCCUGAGGGCGCCGUCAUCACCAAUGAGCCUGGCAUAUACUUUCGCGAAUUUCCAUUGCGGCAGGAAUUGAAAGAUGGCAAGUGGGAUGGAAUCGUGGAUCAGGAGGUGUUGGAGAAGUACUGGCGAGUGGGAGGUGUGAGGAUCGAGGACGAUGUGGUGAUUACUGCCGAUGGGUAUGAGAAUCUCACGACGGUGAGUAGUGAUUGGCAGAGUGUGCAGGACAUGGUACAGCGAGGGCUAGUGAGUAAUGGCGUGUCCUAUUAACUUGACCUUUUUUUUUCUUUGCGUUGCAGGUAGAGAUGCAGUG